CCCCACCCAGCCUGCUGGACUUAUCGAACCUUACGCGUCGGAAGUGGUUUCUUGAAGAUUUGCAGUCGCUGCGCUACAGAAAUCCGAGCUACCAAAUGGCAUUGACAGCAAAAUAACCCUUCUUUGUUGUCAAUUACUGUAAUAGAUAUGGUAACCCUCUAGCGCUUUCAAGCAAAUUAUUUUUGGUAAUGCUAGUGUUUUAUGUCUGCCUGAUAUGUGUUGCAGAAUCCAGGCAAUAAUUAGAAGAUAAGAAAACUCUCCUGUAAUCUAGUGCUCAUCCAGUUUUUGCAAUUCCGAUUUGGCAGUUUUAAUCAAAAAAGCAACAUGGAUCUUAUCCUCCUUGUUCUCAUUUUUCUUUUAAGAAAAUAAGAAAAAUGGAAUAAACUUUGAGGUAAUACAGUGAUGAUUCUCCAGCACUUGAGAACUGUAUUCAGAGCUAUAAGCCUCUGCCUUCCAAGUUCACAAGUACAGCAGUAUCUAGAUAUCAAUAAAAAAUGUCUGAAUACUAGGUUAGUUCACAGUCAAAGAAGGGUUGUUGUCACAGGUAUAGGAUUAGUAUGUCCUCUUGGUGUUGGAACCCAGUUGGUUUGGAAUAAUCUUCUCCAAGGAAAUUGUGGGAUUGUUGCCCUUAAAGGGGAAGAAUAUGCUUCUGUUCCUUGUAAAGUUGCUGCUUGCGUGCCAAAAGGGGUUGAUGAAGGUCAGUUCCAUGGAGAAAAUUUUAUAACAAAAUCAGACAGCAAAGCUGUGUCUUCUGCCACCAUCAUGGCCAUAGGUGCUGCUGAUCUAGCAUUAAAAGAUUCUGGUUGGUCUCCGCAAUCUGACCAGGAUAGUUUGAAAGCUGGUGUGGCUAUAGGAAUGGGAAUGGUUCCACUGGAAGAUAUCUAUGAUACAGCUUUGACAUUCAAAACAAAAGGCUACAACAAAGUCAGCCCUUUUUUUGUUCCAAAGAUUUUGAUCAAUAUGGCAGCAGGUCAUAUUAGUAUCAAACAUCAAUUGAAAGGACCAAAUCAUGCUGUGUCCACUGCUUGUACCACUGGAGCACAUGCCAUCGGAGACUCUUUUCGAUUUAUAGCUCAUGGUGAUGCUGAUAUGAUGUUGGCGGGAGGAACAGAAGCUUGUAUUAGCCCAUUGGCUCUGGCCGGAUUUGCCAGAGCUCGGGCUCUGAGCACUAGCUUUAACUCAAACCCUCAAAAAGCUUGUUGUCCAUUCCAUCCACUAAGAGAAGGAUUUGUCAUGGGAGAAGGUGCCGCAGUUUUGGUUUUGGAAGAAUACGUGCAUGCUAUUCAGAGAGGAGUCAAACCAUAUGCAGAAAUUUUAGGCUAUGGAUUGUCAGCUGAUGCCUGCCACAUUACAGCACCUGAUCCAAAUGGAGAUGGAGCUUUAAGGUGCAUGUCUGCAGCAAUCAAAGAUUCUGGAAUUUCUCCUGAAGAUAUAACAUAUAUCAAUGCUCAUGCUACCUCGACUCCACUAGGAGACGCUGCAGAGAAUCAAGCUAUCAAAGACCUUUUUAAAGGUCAUGCCUAUGCCCUUGCAGUCUCCUCAACUAAAGGAGCAACAGGUCAUCUCUUGGGUGCUGCAGGUGCUAUUGAGGCAGCUUUUACUGCUUUAGCUUGUUAUCAUGGAAUUUUGCCACCUACUUUAAAUCUGGAUCGGACAGAGCUACCAUUUGAUCUCAAUUAUGUUCCACUAGUACCACAAGAAUGGAAAAGUAAACAGCGGCUUAUUGCUCUCAGUAAUUCCUUUGGUUUUGGUGGAACUAAUGCAUCAUUGUGUUUUGCUAAUAUUUAAGCUUAUAAUCUGUAUAUGUAAAUACAUGCUCCCGCCUCCAUUUACCUACCUACCAAAUAUAUGUAUAUAUGUAAAUCAUUUGUCUAUUUUUUUUAAUUCACAUUAUUUUUACCAGUGCUUGCUUGUUCUUUAGAAUGCUUUAUUUCAGUUGAAUUUCUGAGGACUGGAAUCUCUUCAUUAAAAGGAUGCGAAAAGUUUUAAAUUCAGAACAUUUUGAAUUCGUAAUACCCCAUGGGGUUGAAACAGUUGUUUAAAAUUUGAAGUGAGUGAAUACCUAUUCUGAAUAAAAAAGGACUUCCGGGUUA